GUUCUGAAACGAGCGUUCAGUGGUGGCGCGAUAAGGACGGAGGCUCGCUGCACAUUCAACGCUUCUCACCGCCGGGCAUUCACACUGGAAAAACAUUGUUCGGCGGACAACAUCGUCGUUUGCGACCCUCUUGCAGUAACCCAGAGAAACACCGUUUGAGCCAUCUGAGACUUACCGUGGAUUUUUACAAAAGUUGAUAAAGCCUUUUUUUCUUCAUGAGUUUUUUUGGACAUUUUACAAGAAUUCGGGCUUCAGACGAUGCACAUUUUAAUUUCAUUCAUCCACGGUCAUAUGUCUAUUGUUGGGAGACCCUCUAACUGCAGGAGUAUUUUUCGAAAACGAGAGUCUGAGGGAGUUCUGAGCGAUUAGAGGAUCAAGAUGCGAGGAAAUCACAUACAUGUGAAGUUGCGUUGAAAAUUAAGUAGAUGUUUUGGCUAGUCGUAAACCGAACCAGGAUUUUUACAAAUCGCCGGUAGUGACUGUUAUCGGCGCUCUGACAGCAAGAACCUCGGUCACAGUUCACAGGUCACGGUCAGUGGAGCGAGGAUGUCAAGAUAGAUCUGCUUAGAAACAAGAUUCUACAUUUUUUUCGAACUGUAAGGAAUCUGUACGGACUAACACUAAAAGCAGUUCGGUUUACCAGGGCUUUUAUUAAAAAUACAGUUCCUCUCGCCCCCCCAAAAAACUAUCUUCUUGCCCACUGCUGUGAGCUUACUCUGGAUGUUGGGCCGCAAAAGCAGUAUCCUGACCCUCCAGGGCUGUGUCCUGCCCGCAUAUUUUCAUAUGGAUGAGACAAAUUAUUAUUUAUGAAUUGUCGUUUUCUAUUUCACAAACUACUAAGGUCAUUUACUACUGCUUCAGGUUAAAUACUUGUUUUUAAAACCAAAGUUUCUUUUCACUUUUAAACGGAGUUUAAAAUAAACUAUUUCGAACAGAACGGACUGACGGCCGCCGCAAAAACCUUUAAAAGAGCAAGAACGGGACAUUACAGGUUGUUUGGUGUGUUUUUUUCCAACGGGAAGGUCUGUUCCACUAACCGAUGGAAAUCCACUGCAAACACGACCCGUUCGCCGCUAUGCACAGGCAUGGAGGGGUGAAUCAGCUGGGUGGGGUGUUUGUAAACGGGCGGCCUUUGCCUGACGUGGUGAGGCAGAGGAUAGUGGAGUUGGCCCAUCAGGGCGUACGCCCCUGUGACAUCUCUCGCCAGCUCCGGGUCAGCCACGGCUGCGUCAGCAAGAUACUUGGCAGGUACUACGAGACGGGCAGCAUUAGACCAGGGGUGAUCGGUGGCUCCAAACCAAAGGUUGCUACACCCAAAGUCGUUGACAAAAUCGCUGAUUACAAACGCCAAAACCCCACCAUGUUUGCCUGGGAGAUCCGCGACAGACUGCUGGCAGAAAGAGUGUGUGACAAUGACAGCGUUCCUAGCGUCAGCUCAAUCAACAGGAUCAUUCGCACUAAAGUCCAGCAACCGCCUGGCCAAUCAGGAGCUGUGUCAGCACAUAACUUAGCCUCUACGGUGGCAGUAACCCAAGUGUCUGGCGUAACCAGCGACGCCGCAGGUUCCUCCUACUCCAUCAGUGGAAUUCUUGGAAUUAGCUCACCUGCCGAUGCAAGCAAACGGAAAAGAGACGAAGCUCUCCAUGACUCUCCCUUGGCCAAUGGCCACGGCCACUCGGGGCGGGACUUCCUGCGCAAGCAGAUGCGGGGAGACCUCUUCACACCGCAACAGCUCGAGGUAUUGGACCAUGUCUUUGAUCGACAGCCCUAUCCUGAAAUUCACCCUGACAACAUCAGCAACAAGCCCGCCCAGACGCCUGAUUAUUCAGCCAUGGCAUCUCUGGCUGGCGGAUUGGAAGAGAUGAAAAACAGCUUGGCCAAUCAGACGGGAGUAGAGUUGGGUUCAACCCUUGGAGGACCUCAAUCAUAUCCACUAGUGUCUGGUCGUGACCUGGCCAGCACCACGCUUCCUGGUUACCCCCCUCAUGUUCCUCCGACUGGACAGGGGAGUUACUCCACACCCUCCCUUACAGGAAUGGUACCCGGUGGUGACUUUUCCGGUAGCCCUUAUUCUCAUCCCCAGUAUUCUACUUACAAUGAGUCUUGGAGAUUCGCAAACCCCAGCCUACUAGUGUUCCAGCAGGAAUAUGGUUCUUUACUGGGUUCUGAGAGAGCAGCUUCAUCGGGCCUUUUCCCUGGCCAAACGCCCCAACCCACAGGGUCUCCGUACUACUAUAGUGCAGCAACACGAGGGACGGGAACGACUGGCGCAGCAACUGCCACUGCCUACGAUCGCCACUGACCAGCCAGGCAAGAAAUCAAGAAAACAAUGAACGAGUGGGAGAAAUGCAAAGUGAGCAAUGUGAAUGGAUUUACCCACAAAAGACUGCCUAAAGACCAAGCAGGAAGGGAAAAUGAAAUGAAGAGGUGACAAUGUUUUCCUGCCAAUUACAAUCAAUGUUCAAAUCAAUAGCUUCAGCUUACGUGUGUCGAAUUUCUGUACAUAAAUGCAAAGUUACACCCAAACGCCCUGAUUUCAGUUCACCCGGUGGUCUCAGCUCGCCCUAAAUCUGUUGGUUUGAUUUAUCUACUGUCAUUAUAGCCUUCCUCGUCCUUGCAUCUCUAUGCAUUCUGUUCAUAUAGAGAUGAUCAGGUGUUGGGAGUUGGUACCAGACAAUCUACUUGUGGCAGCUUGAGAUGACCUGCGCGAUUUAAGUGGAAUGAGUUGGGUUAUGAUGUAUAAAUGUGGCAUUACAAUCCACAACAUUUUCUGUUUUACUGGUUAGACCGCCAUCAAGGAAUUGUCUUUUGGAGAGAAACAUUUUAUCCCUCAAACAGAAAAUCAACAGAGAUUCAAACGAUUUGGACAGAUAACUCAGGUAGGACUAAUAGCGUAUUUACAUUAAAAGACAGAGUUUGUUCACCAUUGAUCAUGGGACUUGAAAUUCUAAUGUAGUUUUGGGAAGGAAAGAUGUUACAGAAAGGCGCUGAAGCACAAGUUUAUAUAACCUAAUUCAUAAUGGAGUUUUGCUUUGUUUUGGUUUUCUGUAUCUUAUAUGACAGAAUAUGAGAAAGUUUAUCAUUAGCUGCAAUGUGACGGUAAUUUAUCAUUCAGCUUUGGCUAAAAAAUGGGAGACUCAAAUGUAAAGUUUUGUGUUUCACUCAUUCCGAGUGAUUAUGUCGGAAAACAGCAGCAUGAUUUUAAAGUUGUAGCACUGUUACGAAUGAGAGCAUCAGCAUUUUAAAGAUUCCUCUCCUCGCUCUGUGUAGAUAAAUACUAUUUACGUAUGUACAGAAUAUUCAACUGUACAUUAGUAAAAUUUAUAGCUAUUUAUGAUGGAGAGUAAUAUAUAUAUAAAUGUGUGUCAAAGUUUACUGCCAACAAAUGCUACGAUGCUAGUGAAAGUUGUUCCUGUGAAAGACGUAGCCGGUUAUAUUUUUAAACAGUCCUCUUGGAUAUUCAAGUUCGCAAAUCUCACUUGGAAGCGUCACAGACGAACUUUUGUAAAGUUGUUUCAUUGUGCGUAGAAAGACAUGAUGUCAUACUUUCUGUCGCUAACUGUCACCCUAGCCUAGCCUCCCCAAAGAUGUUUUUCACUAGUGCAAGCAGACGCUCUUAAAAGCACAAAGAUUUCCCUUCGCGAUAUCUCUCUACGAGUGCAGUUCAUUUCUUUUUAAGCGUUCCCUUCAUCCAUACUGCGCCAAGACAAUUUAUGAGACCGUGGUGGAGGCCUUACCAAACUCUGUAUGUAGCAACAUCGUGCUGUACAGCCUUCCUGUAUGUCUGUCUGAAAUAGCCCGUCCGUAUAUAACUUACAACGAGAAGAGCUUUUUGAUAUCACCAUUGACUGCUAUAUUGAUAUCUAGAUUCUAGUGGACGAGAAAAGACAAAAAGUGUUCUUUAUUUAGCUAUUGUCUGUUGUGACGAGUGUUCCCAGUUCUUGAGUUUCGUUUUUGUUUUCAAUACACUGUGCAUUGCUAAGUAGCUUUCUGAAAAGGAAAACAAUGUAGUUUCAGUAGUCACAAGCACCAAAACUUGAUGUGAAUAAGAAAAAAAUGACAAACAUAUGAAUAUAUAUAUACAUAUAUAGAGAGACGUCGAUAGUUUUUAUGGUUUUAUGUUGUUCUGGACUGUAAUGUAGUAAUAGGAUUAUGUAUGUUUUGUAGAUCUUAAGUUGCACGUUAUGCAACUCUAAAGAAACCCGUGAUGCCGUUCACCACUAAUGACUACUGGUGAACUUUGACCUUUUAAACUUUUAGUCAGAGGCAUUAUGAACCUGAAGUACACCAGCUGAAGUCAAGGACAGUGCCUUUAUUUUUCUACCAAGUCAUUCAGAAUGACCACCGCGUCUCUAAAUUACGAAACUGUCUGCGUGAUGUGAUGAGAUCCGAACUUGACCAACCAAUCAGAAAACAGUGAUCACAACUUUUUUACAAUGUUGUUUAUAUAUGCGUUAAACCCUUGUAACUGGUUUCUUGAAGCUGUCUGAACACCCUAGAGAAGGUGACGAUGAUAUGAUAUGAUACAGAUGAUCAGAAAUUUUUUAAUAUCAUAAGAUAAAAAAUGAUGUUCCGUGAAAUACAGUAUUAUAUUGUAUUCCCCAUACCCCAUAUAAACCUUGAUUUGCAGAAAAAUAUAUUCUGUGCUUUUUUCUACACUGUAAUUUUAUAAUGAAAUGAAACAGUACAAUAAAGUCGUCAUUUAUGUAAUUUUUUUAGUUUAAUACUUCCAUAAAUGCAGCAUUAGUCUACAUGUGAAUCCGACCAUGUUUGCUCAAAUACAGAAUACCUGUCGGCUUAAAACACACAUGCUCAGUCCCCUUUUGUCCUUUGUCAGGUCGGGAAUAUGCCACUCCUCCCCAUCGGCAUGAUCAAAACAUGCUGUGCCAUCAGAAUCGAACGGCCCUUUCUCUUUCCUCAUCUCCUCUUAUUUCAAUUUCUGAUUUCCAGCCCCCACUCCAUUUUACUCUCUUUGUCUCGCUGGUGCACCUUUAAUCUCAUCAGAUCUGCCCAACCUCCUUCCCAAUGCCAUCAGGAUUAGGAACUCUACAAGUUGGCUGUUGAUCACCUUCGUUUUCCAAUUUCAAGGAAGAUUGUAGUUUUGUAAUUAAAAAUAAUUCCUUAUAGUGGAAUGGAGAUUUCUUGAAAGGAAUUUGAUAAAUGUCUGUUUAAAGCACCCAUGUCACCACAUUGAGCGAUUAUUUAAAUCGAUUAAUUGAGUCAUCUAUUGCAUAUACAUGUUUCUGUUUUGUGCGUUUUAUUUGCAUUAUAUGCAUUUUAACUUGGAAAAUCUGAAUCUAAAUGCCAGUUUUUGAUCUUUGGUAUACUCAUUCAAACUCUUGUUUACAAAAGUGAAAUACUCAAAAUUUAAUUAAACCCAUUGACAUAGUUUACUCUCUGAAUGGUAAAAAUAUCAGUUAUGAUCAGAUAGAAUUAAAUUUGUUAAAAUAUUUAAUGAAAAGUGAUGAACUUUUCCAAAUUCGAAAGCAAAACAUUGUUCAUAAUCUUAAUCUAGAAUUCACUCUUUCGUUCUUAAAUCGGGAUUUUACAACCACAUCAACACAAAACAUUUCCCUGAGUUUAAAAAAGCAGACUUUAAAUGACAGAGGACUUGGUUAUCACCUUAUUGUGGCCUUCUGUGUACAAUCGGAAGCUCCUUCUGUAAUCGUUUCCUUCCCAAGGGGUUCAUAAGUAUUUUUUACUACGUUUUUAAAGAUUUUGAGAAGGUUUUGAUGAAUUUGAUAACACGGCAAUCAGUUCGAUUCAAAAAGAAAAGAAACACAAAUAUUUUGACCAAUAUCAAAACUGGAGCAUCCACCAAAGUUAGAGAUGCCCCUCUGCUGUGCAAAAACAUUCAAAUUAUGAAAUAACCAACAUCGUCAACACAACAGAAAGCUGUAGUAAAAUUAUUUGCGAGGAGUAAAUGAAUGAACUGCUUCUUUAAGAACUGUAUAUGUUUUUUAUUGAAUUUUCUAGUAGUAAAAAUAUCUUGGUGUUUUUCUCUGCGUGUCGUGUGUUGUCUUAAUAUUUGAAUGUAUUUACUGCGGAACAAAAUUUGCCAAAGAUGUCAUCCCACUUGAUUUAAAUCUUUUUGGGUUCUUCAUUUUAUUAAAAUCUGUUCACAAGCUGGAAAUAUAUGUGAUUUGAUAUUGAUUUUCUAAUGGAAUUAUAUUGUUAAUAUUAUCAUAGUUACUCCUAUUUUUGUUUAUUUGUUUGUUUUACUGUUGUUCAGGGUUAUUAUAAGUGAAAUGUUCUAUUGUCUGGCAUUCGUCCAUCGAACCCUGAUACAGGGUGAUAAAUUACUCUGUGUAUGUGCAUAUGAGUGAAUGUUGUUUGUGAAUUAUGAAUUUACGUAUGUUGUAAUGUGAAACUAAGAAGUAAUUAUUUGUAAAUAUUGGCCAUAAUUUUAUUGGUUCAUGAGAAUAAAAGUAAUUUUUUAAGUUCA